AUGACUGCUUCUGAUCGGAAUAUUCUAACUACUACUCCUACCAGCAUACUAAUCGAUGAUGCUUCAGCAUUAUUUAAUAAAGCUAAAAGUGUAUGGUCUAUUAUCUCUAAAAAUGCAGCGACGGCCGAUAUUCACACUAUACAUGGUAAUGUUUUACCUGCUAACAUCAACAGUCCAUUAGAUCUUCAAUCUUGGUCAUCUUCGCCUGUUUCUCGUUCUUCUUCUCUAAAGAUCUACAAUCGUUUAGGUUUACGUGUUCUUCAAUUUGACUAUGAUCUUGAAUUUCUGUACGGCGGCUCGUUAAAUGGACGAGGAGCGUAUUUAGAUGGUAUUACCGUAGUUCCAUCACGUAUAACUGUUGCCUGGUGUUAUGUAUUCAAUGCAAACGUUGAAAUAACGUCUAUACGCAAUGUAGGCACAAGUGAUAAUCCAAUAGCUGCUGCGCAUAUUGAAUUAAAAUAUCAACUAAAAGCACUCAGUCGCGUAGAAGGAACGACAUCAUUUGAUGUUAAAGGUGAUGGACGCGUGGAUAUUUUGCAUAUGAAAUAA